AUGGCUCUGGGGAAGCUGCAGAAGGUGCUGAUCAGCGACAGCCUGGACCCGUGCUGCCGGGAGAUCCUGGAGGCCGGAGGGCUGCGGGUUCAGGAGAAGCCCGGCCUGAGCAAGGAGGAGCUGCUGCGGGAGAUCCGGGACUGCGAUGGGCUCAUCGUCCGAUCGGCCACCAAAGUCACGGCCGACGUGCUGGAGGCGGCAGAGAGGCUGCGGGUGGUGGGCAGAGCGGGCACCGGCGUGGAUAACGUGGACGUGGAGGCAGCCACCAGGAAGGGUGUCCUGGUUAUGAACACACCCACUGGCAACAGCCUCAGCGCUGCCGAGCUCACCUGCGGGAUGAUCCUGUGCUUGGCCAGGCAGAUCCCGCAGGCAGCUGCCUCCAUGAAGGAGGGCAAGUGGGACCGUAAGAAGUUCAUGGGCAUGGAGCUGAAUGGGAAGACGCUGGGCGUGCUGGGGCUGGGCCGCAUCGGCAGGGAGGUGGCCACCCGCAUGCAGGCUUUCGGCAUGAAGACCAUAGGCUACGACCCCGUCAUCACCCCCGAAGUCUCGGCCACCUUCGGUGUGGAGCAGCUGCCGCUGGAGCAGAUCUGGCCCCGCUGCGACUUCAUCACGGUCCACACGCCACUGCUGCCCUCCACCACGGGGCUCCUCAAUGACAGCACCUUUGCCAAGUGCCGCCGCGGCGUGCAGGUGGUGAACUGCGCCCGCGGUGGCAUCGUGGACGAGGGCGCGCUGCUGCGGGCGCUGCGCUCUGGGCAGUGUGGAGGGGCUGCCCUCGACGUCUUCACACAGGAGCCCCCGAAGGACCGUGACCUGGUGAAUCACCCCAAUGUCAUCAGCUGCCCACACCUGGGUGCCAGCACGCGGGAGGCGCAGAGCCGCUGCGGCAAGGAGAUCGCCCAGCAGAUCGUGGACAUGGCCACGGGGAAGGGCCUGGCUGGCAUUGUCAACGGGCAGGCUCUCAGCAAGGCCUUCGCACCCCAGACCAAGCCCUGGAUUACCCUGGGCAGGGCCCUGGGCACGUUGCUGCGUACGGUGGGCAAGCAAGCGCGGGGCAAUGUGCAGGUCUGCACCCUAGGGCCAGCCCUGCGGGAGGCCGGGAGCUACCUGGUGCCUGCCGUGGCUGCGGGCGUGCUGGCUGGAGGGCUGCAGAGGGAGCUGACCCUGGUGAACGCCCUGCUGCUUGCCCAGGAGGCUGGGCUGAAGGUCACGGCCACCCACAGCGACGUGGUCCCCGAGCCCGAGGGCAGCGGGGGCUGGCUGGAGGUGUCCCUGCAGGGGACCCCGUACCGGGCAGUGGGCACCGUGCAGGGCAGCACCCCGCUGCUGAGGGACAUCAACGGAGCCACCUUCAAGCAGCCGGCCCCACUGGCUGGCGCCAUCCUCAUCUACUGCGCCAAAGCCUCGGAGGGCAGCACCCUGCCCACACUUGCUGGGCUGCUGGCGAAGGCGAAGAUCCAGCUCCAGUCCUACCACAGCUCAAGCACAGUGGCAGGGGAGCAGUGGAGCAUCGUGGCGCUCUCGGGCCCUGUGGCUGACCUCAGUGAGCUGCAGCCACGUGUCACGGAGUUCUUCCAGCUCCUAUUCUAG